AUGUCCAGGUUGGAGGGGAAAAAACAAAAGGCCUGCAAGCAACAGGAAAGGACAUCAGGGCAGGAAAGUGAGGACAGCAGUGACAAGGAGGGUAAAUCCACCACAAAGAGUAAGAAACGCAGUUCUAAAAAGAAGUGUGGUAAGCGUGUUGGUGUCAGGGGAAAAGUCACUGAGUUGGAGUCUAUAAAGGCAAUUGCAGAGCAAAGUGCUGAAGGCUCUUUUUGGAAGCAGAACCCACCAGAGAAGGCGCAGAACCCCAGGGGAAAGCACAGAGGGAAACAUGGCUUUAAGGAGGCUUCUGGGCAGAAGUCAAGUCCUCAACCCCAAGGCAGUACAGCACAGGGAAAAGGUGAGAGGAUUGGGAAAAAGAAAGUUGAAAAAUAUGCCAGGAUUGUCAUCACUGAAAGCGAAGAAGAAAAUUUCCUGGAAACCUCAGGUAACUCCUGCUCUGACUCCAGCAGUGAAGGCCCUGGGACCCAAGAAAUGGGUACAAAAGAGACUGUAGUGGGCAGCAGUUCCAGCAGUGAAGAGAAGAGCAGCUCUUCAGAGGAGAAGAGCAGCUCAGAAGAGAAGGGUAGUUCUUCAGAAGAGAAGAGCAGUUCAGAAGAGAAGAGCAGUUCAGAAGAGAAGAGCAGUUCAGAAGAGAGGAGCAGUUCAGAAGAGGAAGAUGGCAACAGUGAGAAAGAAGCUGUGCUCGAAGGUCCUCCUGUGACUGAAGGCAAAGGCUACAAGGAAGUGGUUGAUGAAAGCAAUGAAGCAUCUGUUGAACCUGAAAGGGAGCAGGAAACCACAGAUGGGAAAAUUGCAUCUGAGGAUGAAGGCACUGAAUGUGCAGGAUUGGAAGCAGAGGAGAAGAUGAAGAAGCAAGAUGACAUGCUGACACAACCAAAAUGUGUUCUAGCUGAGGACAGUGGGGCAGAUGAUGAGAAAUCAAGGCUGAAAGCUCGUCUGCUGAGCGUGGCACGUGCAAUUGGUAUUUCAAGAUGGCUCUUGAAGAAGUUUGGGAAGAGGAAGAAGAGCAGCAAACCUUUUGGAUUCAGAAGUAGAAUGGCAAUCCGGCUUCUAAGCACUGCUGGAUCUUUGGUGGGUCAAAGCCAGAGAAACAGCAAACAGGGCUUCCUUCUGCAUGAGGAGGAUCCAACAUGGACAUCAGAUUAUUCCAGUGAGGUGGAUGUCAAAGGAGGCUCGGGUGUCCUCCAGACUGCAGGGUCCGUGGUCACGCCUGGUGUUCACUGGUCUCAGCAGCAGGCCCAGGGCUGUGACCCUGCAGCGUGGCUGAACUCGGAGCUGCUGCUGCCACGCCUGACCAUCGAGAACCUGAGCAAGUGGGCCAUCUACAGGGACCCACAGCUGGCCAGCAGCCGUGUGAGGAAGGUCUGUGAGGAGCAGUGGGAGGCAGAAGAUGUCACUGAUGACGUGCUAGAGCUGGAGUUCAUGCAGAAACAGGUGUACAGGUGUGAAGACCCCCGUGCAGAAGUUGAGGAGAUUGAAGAUCUAACCAGACUGGAGGAAGUCUCUGAGAGCUCAGUCCUGCUGUGCCUGAAGAAGAGGUUCCACCACAAUCUCAUUUAUACUUACAUUGGGCAAAUUUUGGUUUCUGUGAAUCCUUUCAAAGACCUGAGUAUCUACUCUGAAGAUGUGGCUACCCAGUACCAUCAGGGGACUCUCUCAAAAAAUGCCCCACACGUCUUUGCCAUAGCAGAAAUGGCCUACACACUGUCCCAGUCAUCAGGGCAGGAGCAGUGUGUCAUCAUCAGCUUCCUUACCUCUUGUUCCUCCAGUGGACACAGUGGAUCAGGUAAAACAGAAGCUGCCAAAGCAAUUGUGCAAUACCUGACCCUGCUGUACCAGAGAUCAGACAGCCACAGGAUCAGACAGGUAAGAGAUAUGCUACCCAUCCUGGAGAGUUUUGGAAAUGCCAGAACCAUCCUCAACGACAACUCAAGCCGGUUUGGAAAGCUUCUGAACAUCCACCUGCGACAUGGUGUCGUGGUGGGAACAUCCAUCUCCCAGUACCUGCUGGAGAAGUCCCGAGUGGUAUUUCAGGGCAGAGCAUGUGACAUCCUGGGGAAGGAGGACAGUCAGGACUUUCUGGUCUUGGUGCAAGCUCUGGAGGGGAUCUGCCUCUCUGAGGACCAGCUGAACUCCACCUGGGCUGUCCUGGCUGCCAUUCUGCAGCUGGGGAACAUCUGCUUUACCUCCUGCGAGAAAGAAUCUUAUGAACAUGCUGCCAUUGCCAGUGACACUGAGAUCCAGAUUGUGGCCAAUUUGUUGUGUGUCUCAGCAGAUUUCCUGCAAAGUGCUGUCACUCACCGUGUCACUGUGACAUCUUAUGACCGGAUCUUCACCCCUCUGUCUGUAGAAGGAGCCAUCGAUGCCAGGGACUCCAUUGCCAAGACUCUGUACUACCUGCUUUUUGAGUGGCUGCUGCUGAGGAUCAACGAGUGGUUGGCUCCCUGGGAAUCAGACUGUGCCGAUCUCGGGUUGAACAGCUUGGAGCAGCUCUGCAUCAACUUUGCCAACGAGCACCUCCAGCAGUUUUUCAGUCAGACUGUCAUUGCCCAGGAAGAGGAGGAAUACAGCCAAGAGCAGUUAGCUUGGAUUCCUAUUUCCAAGAUGUGCAGCGAGUCGUGCCUCGAUUUCCUCACUGCAAAACCCCACGGCAUCUUGUGUAUCCUGGAUGACCAGACAUCACUGACUCAGGCCACAGACCACACUUUCCUCCAAAAGUGUCACUACCAUCAUGGAAACAGCCCCUGGUACACCAAGCCCAAGCUGCCCUUGCCAGUGUUCACUGUGAAGCACUAUGCAGGCCCUGUCACCUACCAGGUCCACAAGUUUCUUAAUAAAAACCGUGACCAGCUGCGUCCAGAGGUGCUGGACAUCUUCUCUCAGAGCCGCCUCAAGGUGGUGUCUCACAUUUUCCAGAAGGCUAAAGCUGCCUAUAGUCAGCAAAGGAAGCUGGGGCCGAGGGGAAAAGGGCUCAAGCCUCAGACCUCCACACUGGUGUCCAAAUUCCAGGAGUCUUUGCAGGACCUCACAGCCAAGCUGAGAAGGAGCCAUGCCUUCUUCAUUCGGUGCAUCACCCCUAAUCCCAAAAAGCUGUCAAAUAUCUUUGAUGUGGAAUAUGUCACUUGUCAGCUGCGACAUUCUGGGAUACUGGAGGCUAUCCACAUCAGAAAGGAGGGAUACCCCAUCCGUCUUCCAUUCCAGAACUUCCUGGCCAGGUAUGGGCUCCUGGCUGGGCGAGGGCUCAGCUGCCUGGAGGAGAGAGAAGGCUGUGCAGCAGUGCUGGCUCGUGUGCUGGGGAACCCCUCGGAUCUCUAUCAGAUUGGAGUAACAAAGGAGAAAGUCACAGUCAUUCAGGCUCACUUCCGAGGCUACCAGGCAAGGAAGCGUUACAGGAGGCUGAAGAAGACUUUGGUGCAAUUUAAUACCAUGAUUUUAAUCUCCAGACCUUUGAUUCAAAGGAGGAAGCAUUGCCAGCAUGUCACUGUCUUUCUCAGCCCAACCCUCAAAACCUCCCAUCCACUCACACUGACCUGCAACACUGACAAGCAGGAGAGAGAGAAAGGCAGAAACAGAGACCCUCCUUUUCCAUCUUGGAGCAGGAGUCAGCAGGAGUUAGAAGAAAGGAAACGAAGACAGAGAUCCCUGGCCAGUGGUGACACAGAGAACAGUCCCAACCAAGGAAUGGACGUGGGGCUGCUGGAGAUCCCUGCAGAGCUUGCAGCCCUCCUGCAGUUCGUUGAAGGUCGACACCAAGCACAGACCAACCAGAUAACUGAGGCAUUGCCUCCAGAAAUCAAGGUCAAAGAUGACCUUUCCCUCCCACCCACCAUCAACAGCUAUCCCUUUUCCUCCUUCGUUAAGUCACAUUUCGAGAAGCCAGAUUUCCCUGCCCUUGGUCAGCCUCUGCAUCACCCCUUAACCCAGCUGGGCACCGAACACCACGAGAGUGCACUUGAGAUCAACAAACUGGCCCUGCAGCAGCUUGGCAGAGAUCACAUGCAGCCCCUUAGGGCUGCUGUGUUCUUGGUGAGGCACAGACCAACCACAGACCACUGGGAUCAGAGUGAAUUGCCUGGUGAUGUAGCCUCAGAAUUUGGCAGAACACAUAGGAAUCAGACUGCUAAACCUUAUCAUAAAAAAUUUGAUUUAACCCACGUCUUUUCCAUGAUGUGGUUUAUAAUCUUGCGGUUCAUUGGUGACAAGAGCCUCCAUGGCUGGCAGGAGGUGCUCCUGGGCAACUACAUUGCUGGCAGAGGUUUGAGUAACGCGGCUCUGCGCGAUGAAAUCCUCAGCCAGGUGGUUGCCCAGGCAUGGAAGAACCCAGAUGUGGAGCACAGCCAGCGAGCCUGGGUCCUGAUGGCAACUGUGCUGAGCUGCUUUGUGCCUUCACCAGCACUGGAGAAGCCCUUGCUGAAAUUUGUGUCAGACCAUGGCAUGGAGGGCUACAAUGCUGUCUGCCAGCGCAAGAUCCUGACAGCAGCACAUCACACACAGACAGGCUCUGCAUCCUCUCGGGCCUACCCUCCCACUCGGCUGGAGUGGACAGCAAACCAGAGGAGAGGGAAGAUUGUGCUGGAUGUUCAUACCUUUAAUGAGGAGGUGUUCUCAGCUGAGGUGGAGUCCUGGAUGACUGGGGAGCAGUUUGCAGCCUGGAUCCUAAAUGCAAGGGGCUGUGAUAAGAAGACUCGAGGGUGGUCUGUCUCCAUGUUAACUGGCAACACAUGGCAGGACCUGCUGGGCUGUGACUUUGUGCUGGACCUCAUUGGAGAGAUGGAGGAGACCAGCAACUUCAGCAGCGCUUCCCAGUCCCCAGCUGAGUUCCCCAUCACUCUGGAAAGGGACAGGAGCACCUACCAGUUCUCUGACCUGGAUUCGAUCCCUCCUGCUCCAGGCAUCCAGGCCCCUUCCUUCCCACCCCCUAGCCUGCCUCCAGAAUUCAUGGAUCUCCAUCCAGAUCCAAGGAUUAGAGAUGACCUGAGGAACCCUGUAGGCCUGGAUCACUAUGUGGAUGAUCUCUUCAGCCCUGUGCUGCAUCAGGGCUCCAGACUAUCAGAUUUGGAGAACAGGGACAGUCUCACUGGACGCAUGAAAGGAGGUGGGAAGAUUGGACCCACAAGGAGAGGAAUCCUUCCUUCUACAGGCUUCUCUGGAAUGGCUCAAGCACCAGUUUACCAGCCCAUGCCUUCCAUGAUGGGGAUGCCAGCAGCCAUGCCCAUGGUGCCAGGGGCUGGUGGGAUCCCACCUAUGCCAGCCAUGGUUAUGCCCCAGCCCAUGGUUCCAGCUAUGGAUCCCAACCAGUUGGCAGCACAGCAGCAAGCCUUUAUCAACCAGCAAGCCAUGCUCAUGGCCCAGCAGAUGACCCUUCAGGCCAUGAGUAUUUCCCAGCAACAGCAGCAGCAGCUGCAAAAGUCUCUUGAGAAGUCAAGGCCGAGAGUCUCAAGUCUACCACAAACCCAAGCCCCAGCCACUGCCCCAAAACCCAAGAAGCCUCCCACAAGCCAGGAUGCUGCAACACCACCAGAGUCUUCAGAACCACCAGCUAAGGGUUAUGACUACACAGGAGAUGAGUUCUCCAGCAGUGGAGAUGAUGACUCUCCUCGGGAAACCUUCCAGCAGAAGAGACAAUAUUUUCAGAAGAUGGGAGAGCAACACAUCCGAGUGAAGAAAGUCAGGCCUCCUACCAAAACCUGGACUCCACCAGCAAAUCCCCAGCCAGAGCAGGAGGAGGAGAAAAGACAGGAGCAGCAGAGGAAAGAAGUGAAGCCUGUCCCCAGACCAGAGGCAGCUCCUGCUUCCCCUGUGCCAUAUCCUGAGCCAAAGCCAAUAAAGCAGACACCAAAAGUGAAGAAGGAGCCACCUGCAGUGAAGCCUUCAGGCCCCGAGUCGCGUCCUGCGCCGAGCCGCGAGAUCGGCAACAUCAUCAAAAUGUACCAGAGCCGACCAGCCCCUGAGCCCCAGCCCAUCGAGCCUGUAAGAGUAAACAAGCCGUUUAUAAGGAGGAACGACCCCAAAAAUGAGGCUCUGGCCAAGCUGGGAAUGAUGAACUCCUCAUCUUGCCCACCACCAUCUCCUGUGCCACAAGAGAAGAAAGUACCUCCACCUAUCAAGCCCAAGCCAGGCUCAGCUUCCAGCUCUAUCAAGGAGAAGCAGUUGCCUCUCCUGUCCAUCUUCAGGCCAGAUUCUACCCCACCAGCAUCUGAGAGUCCUCCUGCUCUCCCUCCUCUCCCACCACUGCCUUCACCUCUAAAGCCUGAGGACCAAGGCAGGCAGGAAUCCACAGAGAGGGACUCUGCUGUAACAGUAGCAGAUGAUGAUGGCAUCAAGACCCAGCUGUACAAGCUCACCACCAGCGUCAGCUUCUCCUAUGCUGAUCCUGCCUGGAAAAUCUUCCUGCGCAAAGAGGUGUUUUACCCCAAAGAAAAUUUCAGCCAUCCUUAUUGCCUGAACUUGCUGUGUGAACAGAUCAUCCGUGACACUUUCUCCAACUCCUGCUUUCGGAUCUCCAAGGAGGAGAAGCGCAAGAUGAAAGACCUGCUGACGGAGUUUCAGGUUGGCAACGAUGUCCAGUCCAUCAAGGAGGAUGGAAUAAAGAAGAGGAUUGUACUGGCUGCUCGGGAUAACUGGGCCAACUACUUCUCCCGCCUCUUCCCAGUUUAUGGUGAAGAGGGAAGUGAUGUGCAGGUCCUGGGUGUUUCUCACCGGGGCAUUCGGCUGCUGAAGGUGGAGAAAGCAGCCGCGUAUAAUCCUGAGCACCUCAAGAUUCUUCGCAGCUACUGCUUUGCAGAUGUGCUCUCAGUGGAGCUGAAGGGCAGCAGUGCCCUGGAGUUCUCUCUGAAGACAGAGCAGCUCCUCCUGCACUCUCUGAAGGCUCCGUGCAUCAAGGCCAUGGUGGACCUCUUCAUGCAGGAGCUGAGGCAGGACACCAACUACGUCGUCGCUCUGCGCAGCUACGUCGUGGACGACAAGAGCCUCCUCAGCUUCAAGAAGGGCGACCUCAUUGAACUGCUGCCCAUGCAAGGCGUGGAGCCAGGCUGGCAGUUUGGCUGCACUGGUGGCCGCUGUGGUCUCUUCCCCACUGACCUGGUGCAGUUGGCUGCAGCCCCUGAUUACCUCAGCACCAACAUGGACAGACGUGCAGAGCUAAGGAAGAGAAGGAAAUCUUCCCCAGAGAGCAGAAACACCAGCAGGGAGAGUUCUGUGCUCAGCCUGACAUCAGAACUUGACAGCACCAUGUUAGUCCCUGCUGGUGAUCGUUAUACCAUGAUUGACUUCGCCACAGCCUAUUUCCGGGAGGCUCAGUCCAUGCAGGGACUGCAGGGGAUGUCUGCUGAAAAGAAGAGUAUAGCUGGCCUGGUCCGGCACACCAAGGUCCCAAUCCAGAAUUCUUUGCUCUGGUACUCUGACAGUGAGCUGAAUGAGCUGGCUACAAAGAACUUCCAGACGCUGAUGCGGCUCAUGGGAGAUCAGCCCAAGCACAAGGACCAGACUGAGGUUGAAUGCAUCUAUGAAAUCCUUAAGCUAUGCAAGGAGAAGGAGCAUUUGCACGAUGAGAUCUACUGCCAGGUCAUCAAACAGGUCACCCACAACCCUAACCAGGAGAGCGUGCUGCGUGGCUGGCUGGUCCUGAAUCUGCUAACUGGAUACUUCCUUCCUACUAAAACCCUGAUGCCCUAUGCCACCAAGUUCCUGCAGCUGGCCAGCAGUGAUCCAUCCAGCACCCACCAUGAUAUAGCCAAGAUCUGCCAGAGCAACCUGCGGAAGAACUUCAUGUACGGGGGCCGCCGAAACCUUCCUUUCCCUGUGGAGAUGGAGGCACUGCUGAAGGGGCACGGUGCCCGCCGGCUGGAGAUACUGAUGCCUGGAGGCAUGGAAUACCUCACCAGGAUCAGGACAUUCACAGUGGCCAAGGAGCUCUUGCAGGAGAUCUGUGAGCAGAUGGGAGUAGGUGAACAAGAAGAGAUACAGGACUUUUUUCUUUUUGCUAUCAGGACUGACAACAAAAAUCUUGGUAAAACAGUGAAGCCAAUAAAACCAGAGGAGUAUCUCCAUGAUUACCUGCUGGAGGACAAGAUGGUCACCGUGACUUUGCGCAGGCUCACCUGGAGGACAUCUCUGCACUUCGAGAACCAAAUCUAUACAGACGUCCACUAUGGACAGGUGCUGUGGGAUUACCUGAAUGGGAGGAUCCUGCUGACCCAGAGUAAAGAAACAGAGAUGCAGGUGGGCCUUUUGGCAAUGCUCCAGCACUGGGCCAAACCAGAGCAGCAGAACUCUGCUCCCUCCGGGGAGGAGCUGAAGAAAUACACACCAAAGACCCUGCAGCACUCCAUCAGUUCCAUGGCUCUGGAGAACCAGGUUGACACAUUGCUGAGGACAAGGCAGCCCCUCCAGCCACUGGAUGCAAAAAUCCAGUUCAUAGAACAUAUGAUGAAAUUGCCUUUCUUUGGCUACACCAUGUUCAUCGUGGAGAGAGUCAGCGAUGAGACGAUCCCUGCACCCUGUUUCUUUGGUGUGAAUAAAGAGGAGAUCAUUGUGGUGAAUGGCAUCACUAAGGCCGUGUCCCGGGUCAUUCCCCUGAAGGAGGUGCAGAAGAUGCGCACCCUGAAGCCCACGUUCAAAGAUGGACUUCCCGGCUUGGAGCUGAACUACGGAUCACCUGCCACCCCCAAGACCAUGUGGAUUGAACUGAAACAGGCUAAAGAACUGUACCACACGCUUGUUGUCAUCCUGGACAAAACAGAGCUCCACUCCUAGAGCCUGAAAGGAGGAGAAUGACCAAGGAAAACAGCUGUGUCUCUCUUCCUUUGUACUUGAUCAGUGCUCCCUGACCUGCCUUUGGCAGAGAACACUUCCAAAAGACAGCCAUGACCUGAGAGAGCUGCUUUCUAGGGCUGCCACCACAGUGUUUGUUGAUGGACUGUACCACAAUCUCACCCCUGGUGACCUGCCAUUCAGUACUUCCUUGAAGCAAUCCAUGCUGUGGAUAAACAAACCACAAGGCCCUCUCCACACCACAGUUCCAACAAAGAGCAGCUGAACCAAUGCAAGCACUUGCCUUCAAGCAAUGCAGUGUGGAAGUCCUCUUUUCUUUUUUGAAUUAAUUAACAUUAGCAAAGCCUGGUGCUUGCUAGAGAUUUGUGUAUCUCAAUGCCCAGCUGAGGCUAUGCAAUGCCUGCACUGGCUGCUGGUGUUUUCCAGAGGCCAGUUUUGUCUCUGCAUUGAUAUGCAUAAGGCCCUGGAACAGGACUGGUGAAGCAGGAGUUUACAGAAAGCACCUUAAUUGAAAAGCAGAUCAGUGUUAAUAAUACAAUUAGCACAUAUGCUGGGGCACAGAUUGAGCUGCAAUGGUACGAAAGUUUAUUGUUAAUUAAUUUCUCACUGACAUAAUUAUAUGCAUCUGCUUCCCUCUACUAUAAAGAAGUCAGUCAUGUCUAUGCAGCUGUCAGGCUUCAGUGAUGGCUCCAUGCCCACAGAGGAAGCAUAUUCAAACAGCACUUAUAUUGUAGUAGAGUGUUUUGGGUUGUACAAAAAUGCCUAAUUUAUUUUUAUUGCCCUUUAGGAAAUUGCA